AUGGGAGAGACACAGCAUAUGCUUCCUGCACCAGAUAAUUACCAAUACGAGUUUAACGACAUUCACCACAUUAAGAGACUCUCACAAAUUACCAACGAUAGCACACUACUCAUAUCGCCAACUAGCCUCAUGGCUACACACACAAGGAGAAAACAAUCAAUAACCAAGGAACAACAGCUGACGGAAUUCGAGAAAAUGUACAUGGGAACCAAACUACCCCUGAAAACCAUAUCUUCUAUUUACGCAGCACUACCCACAAAACAGGCACUGAAAGAACACAAUUUUAUCAAAGCAUGGGAAAAAGAGAUCCACAAGACAUUCACUGAACCAGAAUGGGAACGCAUGAUUUUAACCCCCAAAACCUUCUCCCUUUCUUCAAAACAUAUAGAGCUCGUCAAAAAACUCCUAUACAGAUGGUACCUAAUGCCAGUGAGGCUACACAAUUAUAACCCAGCUAUCUCAACACACUGCUGGAGAUUCAAAACAAGUAUAGGGACAAUGGCACACAUAUGGUGGACAUGUCCACUUCUAGAACAGUACUGGAAAGAUAUAGCCAAACUCAUCAAGGACAGCACAGGGAACGCUUUACCCCACAGACUGGAACUUUAUGUACUCUUCGAUAUACCAGGGUCGAUACCCAAACCAGACAGAUAUCUUAUGUUCCAUAUAAAUAUAGUAGCCUUAGGCGCAUUAGUACGAAAUUGGAUCUCACAAACAAUACCCCCUAUUUCAAUGUGUAUACGACACAUAAGCAUAUCCAGCCGCUUUGAAACCACAAUGAGAAGACAAAACACCCCCCCAACAAGAACCAUAAAAAAUACAGACAAUAUUGGGAAAUAG